AUGUCUCAAGAGCAAGUGUCCGAAGAGAACUCCAAUUCCAACAUGAGUGAAGUGCUAACAGAGAAGGCUAAAGAGAACUCGAAAGAGCGGAAGAGGCUGAAGAUCCUGGCGUUCCACGGGUACCGGCAGAACGGCGCCGUGUUCCGCGCCAAGAUCGGCUCGUUCCGUAAGGCCGUAGCCAAGUACGCGCAGCUCACGUUCCUGUCGGCGCCGCACCGCGUGCUGCACGAAGAGGGGGCAGGAGAGGAAGACUCGCGGUCAUGGUGGUUCAACGCAGAAGACAACACAUUCAGCGGCAAGUGUCUGGGCGGGCCGGCGCUGGGCUUCGAGGCUACCCUCAGGGUGGUGGAGCGCGCCGUGGCCGACCACGGCCCCUUCCACGGGUUCAUGGGCUUCUCGCAGGGCGCCUGCCUCGUGGGGCUGCUGGCCGCCAUGCAGCAGAAGGGAUAUUUACCAUACACAUUCAACUUCGCAAUCUUCGCAUCCGGCUUCCGUUCCGGCAGCCUGGUGCAUAAGGGCUUCUACGACGAGGAGAUUAAUCUCCCCUCGUUACAUGUGUACGGCGAGGGAGACUCGAUCAUCCCAAAGGGUAACAUAUUAUUUUUCAUAAGCUGA